AUGUUCGAGGCUUUGCAGGGUGACAAUUUUUUGAGUAACGCUGAAGAACUACGAAUUAAAGAACUUGAUCACACGAGUAAAGCCCUAGAACAAAAUAUUGAAAUUAUUAACAAUUUUAUAAAUAAAACAGAAAGAAGAUGGGCACUCAUGGAGGCCAAAUUAAAAAAGGAAAGAUUGGUUGCGCUCGCAGCUUUGACAAAAUCUAAACUGUUGCUGGCAGAGAUGGAAAUAUAUAUCGUGGAAAAUGUACUCAACAAUCGAUGUCCAGAAAGCCCUAAAAAUGUCGAGGCAAAUGCAAAUAGGGGCAAUUCCCAUUCAACUCCAUCAUCACCAAGUUUCAGCAAAAAAGAAAGUUUAUUCAACACAUAUUCUGUAGCUACAAAUGAUAGACACCAUAGUUUAACAUCUUCAGGUAGCAGAAGUUUAUCACCAUUUAAAUCUUCUAGAAGAGAAAGUUCUUCUUAUACAAGAAGCUCUUCACCAAGAUCAAAGAGAGGAAGCCUUAUCAAGAAAAUAGAUAAAGAUCUUACAUUUAAAAGCAGUGUAAGGAGCAAAGGUUUGAAACCUUAUAGCAGAGAUAACAGGAAAAGAUGUGGUUAUACUCAAGGCUCAGUGGUUGAAAGCCAGCCAAGAAAUUCAACACCGAGACCACAUACUCCAUCUCAGCAUAGGAAUGUUAAAGAAAAAGUUGGUAAGGAUAAAACUUCUACUCCAGUUGUUUCUUUAGAUAAGGCAAGUACAACUGCUAUAAAUUCAGCUAUAAAUAAGUCCCUAACUGCAUCAAUAAUCUCAGAGUUUGAUAAGUCAUUUAAUAAAGAAAAUGUAUUGGUUCCUAAAACAAAUGCCAAAAAGCAGAAAAUAAACCCAGUGGCAAACAUAGAUGCUUAUAAAAAACGUUUAAGUAAUAACUUACAUGUAUCUCAUACAACACCAGCAGCUAAAAUUAGAUCGCCAAUGUCACCGUUACACCCUGGGGAUCCAAGAAAAUAUCCCAGUUCUGAUACAGAAGAAGGUGGUAUUUCAAAAACUCCUAUGAGGCUACCAGUGCUAGGAAUCCACUGGGGUAAGCCGGCUCCUGUUCAAUCGCAGGGAAUUGAAGAAAAAAAUAAAUGUGAAAAUUUUCUAUCUAAAAUUAAUCAGGUUCAAAUGGCUCCUGUCCUUGCCACUCAAAAUUUUUAUUUCAGACCCAUCUCACCUCAAUAUUUGACACAAAAUAAUAUGGAAAAUAGACUUGUAAAUGCAAACCAAGGAGAUAUGCAUACAUCUAUUAACAGUGCUCCGGUGCAGACUGUAUCUGAACAUGAUGACGAAAAAACGAAGGUUGACAAUACCUACAACAAUUUAUCUUAUCCAUCUCAAAAUUCUCAAGUACAUAGCAAUAAGCCACAACUUGGUGUUGAUAAUAGACAUAUUAGCAUUCCAGUUCCUCCCAUGUAUAAUUACAGUAGAGACACAGGUUCUCUAAACCAAACUAAAAUACCCCAGUUGCCUGAUACAAAGUUCAAUUUAAGUUACACGCAAGGCUAUGAGCCUAAGGUGGAAUUGAGUACCAAAACAAAUGAGCAGAGCACACCCACUAGCCCUCCAAGAAUAAGUUUUUAUAACAGUUCCUAA